UCCAUGGUCUGUGGGAGGAUCUAACGGCAGCGCUCCGCUCCUCCACAGCCAGCCAAACACUUGAACACACACACUGCGCCAAGCAAAAACGAAACCUUCAGCGCUGAAACUUCAGCUUGAUAAGAAGGCUCCGAUGUCAACUUCCUGUGACCAUCCAAUCCAAAUGUCUCAUUAUGAAGCUGCACAGUCCUGAGGCUCCUGACUAUAGUUUGAAACCACAGUAACGAAAUUGAUGGCAGCUAUCCGUAAGAAGCUGGUGAUUGUGGGAGAUGGAGCCUGUGGGAAAACCUGCUUGCUGAUUGUGUUCAGUAAAGAUCAGUUCCCUGAGGUCUACGUGCCCACAGUGUUCGAAAACUACAUUGCUGACAUAGAGGUGGACAGCAAACAGGUGGAGUUGGCUCUAUGGGAUACAGCUGGUCAGGAAGACUACGAUCGCUUGAGGCCAUUGUCGUAUCCAGACACAGAUGUUAUUCUGAUGUGCUUCUCUAUAGAUAGUCCAGAUAGUUUAGAGAAUAUUCCAGAGAAAUGGACGCCAGAGGUAAAACAUUUCUGCCCCAACGUUCCCAUCAUCCUUGUGGGCAAUAAAAAAGACCUGCGGAAUGAUGAACACACGCGCAGGGAGCUGAUCAAGAUGAAACAGGAACCUGUAAAACCUGAGGAGGGCCGUGACAUGGCUAACAGGAUCAGUGCGUUUGGAUAUUUAGAGUGUUCAGCUAAAACUAAAGAGGGAGUGCGGGAGGUGUUUGAGAUGGCCACCAGGGCGGCGCUGCAGGUCCGCAAGCGCAAGAAGAGAAGUGGCUGCCUGCUGUUAUGAGCCACACACUGCAACAUACACACACCCUGCAAACUGACCCCAGGAAAAGCCUGCAGUACCCACCGUGCACCACAUUUAUCACAAUCCAGGUGUGGAUGACAGAAAAAUAUUUAUAAGGGAACCAAAGUGUGUGUCGGUACCCGAUACCUCUCCAUCCUGCCAUCUUUCUUUUUUUUUUUUCUUUUCCUUUCACCAGCAUACCUUCCUUCCUUCUCUGGGAGAAAGACUGACUGAUUAAUUUUGUAUUUGUACAUAAAUCUUCUCUGUCUUUUUCGGUUCUGGUUUACAAUUAUUCUAUGCCUCUGUAUAUGAUGCUCAGUGAUUUAAAUUUAAAAAAAAAGCAAAAAUACAUUUAUCAUCCAGUUAA